AGCGAGAGCCACCUCUUCUCUCUUCCCCUCUCUCUUUCUGCGUCUCUCAAUUCAGAAAAAAUGGAGCCAACCAGAUUACUCUCACUUCCUCUGUAAAACCCUAAUUACCGAUCCCCCUUCCCCUUCCUCUCCUCCAUUUCUCCUCUAGCUCCCCUCCCCCUCUCUCAAAGCCACCCUAGCUUUCGCUCUCUCACUCCACAAUCCUCGAUCCCAUUCCCCCUCCCCAAUCGAUCCACCGCAACCACUCCCUAACCUCCGCCGGAGCAGCCCCUCUCCUUCCUUCUCCCAAACCCCGCGUCAUCUCAAUCGAAGGGGCUCGAUCUGCGGCGGUCGAAUUCGGAGACUAAUUGUUAGGGUUUUGGGAGGUCCGUCAAGGCUGGCGGGUAUUGGGGCCAUGUAAAUGGCGGAUCCGCCAGGUAUCCGCCUCGGAGUUGUUUGUGAAUUUGGUGAGAUAGGGUGUCGACAUUUUUGGUGUAGAGAGUGAGAGAAACGAGAGAGAAAAACAAAGCAUGCUUAGCGUGAUACGCGUGCACCUUCCUUCUGAUAUUCCCAUUGUAGGCUGUGAGCUCACGCCUUAUGUGCUCUUGCGCCGCCCUGAUAAGACCGUCACUACUGACGAUGUGCCGGAGUCGGCACCUAUUGAUGGCCAGUUCUUGAGAUACAAGUGGUAUCGCAUACAAAAUGAUAAAAAAGUGGCUGUCUGUAGCGUACAUCCAUCUGAGCAAGCGACAUUGCAGUGUCUAGGAUGUGUCAAGGCCAAACUACCUGUUUCCAAAAGUUACCAUUGUUCACCCAAGUGCUUCUCGGAUGCAUGGCAGCAUCACCGUGUUCUGCAUGACCGCGCUGCUAGUGCUGUAAAUGAAAAUGGAAAUGAGGAGGAAGAGGUGUUUGGGCGCUUUAAUAGCUCAGGAUCUGGUGUUCUCAACACUAGCUUAUCUGGUUCUGUGUCAAGCACUAGUUUAACAAAUGGUUCCACACCUUUGUAUCCUGCUGCUGUUACUCAAAGAAGUGGGGGUGAAACAUGGUUUGAAGUGGGACGUUCUAAAACUUAUACGCCAACCGCUGAUGAUAUUGGGCAUGUUCUGAAGUUUGAGUGUGCUGUAGUUGAUGUUGAAACCAAAGUACCUGUGGGACCCCCUAAUGCCAUAUUAACUUCCCGUGUGAUUCCAGCACCCUCUCCCAGUCCACGCCGAUUGGUUCCUGUCAAUGGAGUUGAUGUGAUGGGAAAUAUUGAUUCAGAUGGCCGUAUUUCAUCUUCUGGAACUUUUACUGUGCUUUCAUACAACAUUUUGUCUGAUGUGUAUGCCACUAGUGAAUCAUACAGUUACUGUCCUUCAUGGGCACUUUCUUGGCCGUACCGCAGGCAAAAUCUGUUGCGAGAAAUUGUAGGCUACCGUGCAGAUAUUGUUUGUCUUCAGGAGGUUCAAAGUGAUCAUUUUGAUGAAUUUUUCGCCCCAGAGCUGGACAAACAUGGUUAUCAAGCGCUAUACAAGAGAAAAACAAAUGAGGUUUACAGUGGGAACACCCAAACAAUUGACGGCUGUGCAACUUUUUUUCGUAGAGACAGAUUUUCACAUGUCAAAAAAUAUGAGGUUGAAUUUAAUAAGGCUGCCCAGUCUUUGACAGACGCCAUGAUUCCAACUAAUCAGAAGAAAAGUGCGUUAAAUCGAUUAGUUAAGGAUAAUGUUGCGCUCAUAGUGGUCCUGGAAGCAAAAUUUAGCAAUCAGGGAGUUGAUAAUCCAGGGAAACGACAGCUUCUUUGUGUGGCAAACACACAUGUAAACGUCCACCAAGAUCUGAAGGACGUCAAGCUCUGGCAGGUUCAUACUCUCCUGAAAGGAUUAGAGAAAAUAGCUGCCAGUGCAGAUAUUCCAAUGUUGGUGUGUGGGGAUUUUAAUUCUGUUCCUGGAAGUGCUCCUCAUACACUUCUGGCUAUGGGAAAGGUGGAUCCGUCACAUAUUGAUUUACAAGUAGAUCCUCUUAAUAUAUUGCGCCCUCUCAGCAAGCUGAUACAUCAGCUUCCACUGGUUAGCGCAUAUUCAUCCUUUGCAAGGUUGGGAGUUGGUCUUGGUUUGGAGCAGCAAAGAAGGAGAAUGGACCCCACAACAAAUGAACCGUUAUUUACAAAUUGCACUAGAGAUUUUAUUGGUACCCUAGAUUACAUAUUUUACACUGCGGACUCUUUAACGGUGGAGUCCUUGUUGGAGCUCUUGGAUGAAGAAAGCUUAAGAAAAGAUACAGCACUUCCUUCUCCAGAGUGGUCAUCAGACCACAUUGCACUUCUAGCUGAGUUUCGCUGCAAGCCUAGAAUUAGACGUUGACAGGUUCAGGAGCGUAUCGGAGACAUCCAAGAAAAAGGCUUGAGAGAAGCCGUUGGAUGAAGUUAAGUUAUUGUAAGAUGGUAGAUCAUUCCCCUGUUCUUUCCUGGUAUCUCCUUAUGAGAUAUAUGCUAUGAUCUACUUUGUAUUAUGCCACCUUUAUCUUAUAGAAAAGUUAUGAUGAUUCCUUGCUCAA